AUCUGUGUCCCCUCCAUGUCCCCCCAUGUCCUCGUGUCCCCUCGCUGUCCCCUCUGUCCCCACUGUCCCCCUGUCCCCUCGGUGUCCUCUCGGUGUGUGGUGUCCCCGUGUCCCCUCCACGUCCCCCGUGUCCCCCGUGUCCCGCAGGCGUCGCAGACGCCGUCCACGCUGAACCCGGUGCUGCCGGCGGCCGAGCGCACGGUGGCCUGGGUGUCCAACAUGCCGCACCUGUCGGCCGACAUCGAGAGCUCGCACAUCGAGCGCGAGGAGUACAAGCUCAAGGAAUACUCCAAGUCCAUGGACGAGAGCCGGCUGGACCGGGUGAAGGAGUACGAGGAGGAGAUCCACUCGCUGAAGGAGCGGCUGCACAUGUCCAACCGCAAGCUGGAGGAGUACGAGCGGCGCCUGGUGACGCAGGAGGAGCAGACCAGCCGCAUCCUCCUGCAGUACCAGCAGCGCCUGGAGCUCAGCGAGAAGCGGCUCCGGCAGCAGCAGCAGGAGAAGGACUCGCAGAUCAAGAGCAUCAUCGGCAGCCUGGCCCCGCAGGCUGAUGCUACUGGAGCAGGAGCUGCGCAGGGAUCACUUGGGCGCCCACGACCCGUCCGAGGGCCGGCGGCGGCUGCUCGACGCUCAGGUGCUGUCCGUCAGGUAGCGCGGCCCGGCCCCGCCAGUGGCACCGGACCCUCGGCCACCGGUGACACCCCAGGUGGGUCCUUGUCCCCUCCCUGCCACCCCCCGGGCCGCACAGGAGCACCCUUGGGGACACGGAUCCCAGAUGUCCCCAAGAGCCUCUCGUGUCCCCAGGGGACACUGGGAACCCUUGGGUACAUGGAUCUGGAAUGUCCCCAAGGGCUCUGCUGGCUCCAAGGGACACUGGGGACACUUCACAGGUGUCCCCAUGUCCCUCCUGUGUCCCCAUGUCCCUCCCACGUCCCUCAGGCACAUUGGGGACCUUUGGGAACAUGGAUCCAAGAUGUCCCCAAGACCCUCCUGUGUCCCUAAGGGACAUUGGGGACCCUCGGGGACAUGGAUCUGGAGCAUCCCCAUGUCCCUCCUUUGUCCCCAUGUCCCUCAUGGGCACUGGGGACUCCUUGGGGACACAGAUCCAGGUGUCCCUAAGGGACACUGGGGACAGAGAUCUAGAUGUCCCCAUGUCCCUUCCCCCUCCCUCGGGAACACUGGGGACACAGAUCCCUGCUGUGUCCCCAUGUCUCUCCCAUGUUCCGCAAGGACACUGGGACCCCUUGAGGACACAGAUCCAGAUGUCCCCAAGAUGCUCAUUGUCCCCAUGUUCCUCCCAUGUCCCUCAGGGGCACUGGUGACACUUGGGGACACUUGGGGACAUGGAUCCAAGAUGUCCCCAAGACCCUUCUGUGUCCCCGCAUUCUUCAGGGACACAAGGGACACCUUGGGGACACAGAUCGAGGUGUCCCCUUGUCCUCUGGGGACACAGAUGCAGAUGUCCCCAUGUCCCUCCUGUGUCCCCAUGUCCCUUGGGGACAUGGAUUCAGGUGUCCCCACGUCCCUCCUGGUGUCCUCCUGUCCCUCCCGUGUCCCUGUGUCACCUGGGGACACGUAUCCAAGUGUUCCCUUGUCCCUUCCAUGUCCCCAUGUCCUUUAGGGACAUGGGGGACCCCUUGGGGUCACGGAUCCAGGUGUCCCCUUGUCCCUCCUGGUGUCACCAUGUCCUUCCUGGUGUCCCCAUGUCUCUUGUGGACACUGGGGACCCCCUGGGGACACCAACCCCGGUGUCCCCAUGUCCCUCCUGGUGUCCCCAUGUCCCUUAGGGACACUGAGGACCCUUUGGAGACAUUGGGCACCCCCUGGGGACACCACCUCAGGUGUCCCCAUGUCUCUCCUGGUGUCCCCAUGUCUCUGGUGGACACUGGGGACCCUUUUGGGGACACCACCCCAGGUGUCCCCAUGUCCCCUCAGGUGCCACCACUGGCCCUGUCCCCACCCCCUGGAGAUGCCACCAUUGUCCCCAUCCCCCCCGGGGGGUGACCAUGGUUGGGGGGGUUUGGGGGAGGUUCUCACCAAAUGUCCCCCAGCGCUGGCGCCGCGUCACCAUCACCAUUCUCGUGUCCUGUGUCUGUCCCCAUCUCACGGGGGGGGGGGGGGGGGGGGGGGGAGGUGACACCUGUGUCCGUGUGCCAUGUCCUGUCACCGCGGGUGGGGGAGGGGACAGUUCAGGGGGCUUGGGGACAGCUGAGUGAGCACCAGGACAAUUGCGGGGGGGUGGGGACAAUUUAGGGGAGGGCAGGGACAAUUUUAGGGGGGUGGGGACAAUUUUGGGAGUGAACUGCCUCAGUUUCGGGGGGGGGGGGGGGGGGGACAAAUCAAGGGCGUCCCACCUUCAUGUUUUAGGGUUAAUUUUAGUGUGAAACUUUUAGGGUUGGGGUGAACUUUAGGGGGUCAGGGUGAAGUUUUAGGGCGUCAGGGUUAAUUUGAGGGGUUCGGGGUUAACUUGAGGAGUUCGGGGUGAACUCCGGGGCAGGUCAGG